CAGUGACGGGUGGACUGAAUAAAUAGCGCUGAGGAGGAUGAGCUGAGCGGAGGAGCAGCAGGAGGAGAAGGAGGAGCAGCAGCAGUCUGUAGGAGCGGCUCCAACUCAUGCGUGCGCGCUAACACUGGCUGCUGGAUCCAGAAAGGAGCAGCAUCCCCAACUUUUACAAACAUUUCACCCACAAUCUCGGUUCCAUCUCGCGCCUUUUGCGCAUUGCCGCCUGUGCUGCGAUUGAAGUUUGCUGCAAACAGGUUGCAAGAGAGACCGCUCGCUUUUUGUCCGUUUCAGUUGGGCCAGAUCAUGAUGGUGAUGAUGAUGAUGAUCAUAGCGGAGUUGUUCGUGGUUCUUCUGAAGGUGCUGUGGGCUUUUGUGGCUGCCGGGGCUAAGUGGGUGGUCCGGCCCAAGGAGAAGAGCGUGGCGGGACAGGUGUGUCUGAUCACCGGCGCAGGAAGCGGCCUCGGCCGCCUCUUCGCCAAAGAGUUCGCCCGGAGACGAGCUACGAUGGUCCUGUGGGACAUAAACAGUCAAAGCAACGAGGAGACCGCAGAGAUGGUGCGUCAGAUUUACCAUGAAGUGGACACUCCCGCGUCCAAAGACGGGCCUGUUGGAGGAGUCAAGGAGGUCCCACCUCUCCAGCCGCAGGUCUACACCUACGUGUGUGAUGUAGGAAAGCGUGAGAGCGUUUACUCCACAGCCGAGAAGGUGCGCCGCGAGGUGGGAGAGGUUGACAUAUUGAUCAAUAAUGCAGGCGUCGUUUCCGGUCAUCACCUCCUGGAGUGUCCCGACGAGCUGAUCGAGCGCACCAUGGUGGUCAACUGCCAUGCACACUUCUGGACCACCAAGGCGUUUCUCCCUAAGAUGCUGGAGCUGAACCACGGUCACAUUGUGACGGUUGCCAGUUCUCUGGGUUUGUUCAGCACAGCUGGAGUGGAGGAUUACUGCGCCAGUAAAUUCGGUGCCAUUGGGUUCCAUGAGUCAUUGAGCCAUGAGCUGAAGGCCUCUGAGAAGGAUGGCAUCAACAUGACUCUGGUGUGUCCUUACCUGGUCGACACAGGAAUGUUCAAAGGCUGCAGGAUAAGGAAAGAGAUUGAGGCGUUUCUGCCCCCCCUGAAGCCAGAGUUCUGUGUGAAACAGGCCAUGAGGGCCAUCCUCACUGACCAGGCCAUGGUCUGUACGCCUCGCAUCGUCUAUGUGGUCAACUUCAUGAAAAGCAUCCUGCCCUUCGAGGCCAUUGUGUACAUGUACCGGUUUCUUGGCGCCGACAAGUGCAUGUAUCCCUUCCUCGCUCAGCGAAAGGAGGCUAUGAACAACAAUGAGGCUAAGAAUGGGAUCUAGGGGGCGCUGUUUGCAAAAAACGGGGCAUACAAACCCGUAACCAUGAGGAAACGACCACUGAACGUGAGGAGGAGAGGACGGAAGACAGAACAGACUGAAACUAGACUAGUGCACUUGCAUUGAGCAAAUGCAAAGGUUUACCCUAUUGUUCCUCUGGAACAAAGAAAGCUGUGUACUACACAAAGGAUUUAUUUGACUUUGUUUGGUCUGUAUACUCUGUCACAAGUUUUGAAAUCAUUCAGAUAAUUAUUUACAUAAUGUAGUCACCAGCCUUAUGUAGUGCCAUUGUGGAAAUAUACAGUAUGUUACUGUACAAACAGUAAAAAUCUUUUUCACUUUU